UAAGUAUUAUAAUAUUGAAUUAUUUAAUUUUUUCAUUAUCAAAGAAUUUAAUUUAUACAUAAAAUACUUGUGUAAGUCAAAACUAAUGUACCUAUUUACAGUAUAGAUAGUUAAUUGACUAGUUGGACUACCUUGCAUAAUGGUCCAUAUAAAAAACUGGUUUAGGUACUAUUCCAAUGGUAUUCAUUACUGGAGCACCAUGUAUUCUUCAAAUAUUUGAACUACAAGUGUUAGUGGUGCCGGUUGUAUUGUUGAGUGGCCUUAUGGUAGAUUUUAACUAGAUUCACUUUAUGCACGAUAUACAAAGUAUAUGCAAAUAAAUUAAUGGAUUGUAUUUCAUGCAUACUGGCACUUUUAUUUUCACACACAUAUGUAUGUACAUACAUUAACUCGAAACAUGAAGCAUUAGAAUGAAGUUUUAUAUUCUUUUGUGAAUUAGUGUUGUAUGAACAUAGCGGAACAUCGCGACGUUGUGAUCACAUACUGAAAAUCGCAAACACAGUUAAAUUGAAAUUCUAAAAAUAGAUACAUAAGUAUGUAUAUUUAUACAUACAUGAAAAUAUUAUAAAUAAGAAAUUAUAUAAAAAUAAGUCGGAAUGAUGAAAAAUCAGCUCUGGUAUACUCUCAUAAAGACACUUGGUUAUAGUGGUAAAACGCUGAUGAUGACACCAAAAAAUGUGAUCCUUAUCACAGGCUGUGAUUCUGGAUUAGGACAUUCAUUAGCACUUUACUGCUAUUCCUUGAAUAUGACUGUUAUAUCGGCUUGUCAUGAUGCCAACUCUGAAGGUGCUCGCCUAUUACGAAAUGUCAACUAUUCCCAACGCAUGUUCACUAUUGAACUAGAUCUGCUCAAGGGGGACACCAUUACAUGUGCCUUCCAAUAUAUUAAAGACUUGUUGCUCACUAAUGAGGAAUACCAAUUCACGGCAUUAGUAAACAAUGCCGGCGUCAUGUGUUUCGGUGAAUUUGAAUGGCAAACUUCAGAACAAUUCGAAAUGCAAAUCAAUGUAAAUGUGUUGGGUACAAUGCGUCUCACCAAAAAGCUAUUACCGUUGGUACGGCAGCAUCGCGCACGUAUAAUCAAUAUCACCAGCCAUUGUGGUCUGCAGGCACUUCCGGCGUUAAGCUCAUAUGCUGCUUCUAAAGCAGCUUUGCGUUUCUGGUGCGAUUCACUCCGUAUAGAAAUGCAACAAUAUGGCGUAGAAGUGAUCAAUUUCGUUCCUGGAUCUUUUGUACAAUUUAGCAAUAUUUCGGCAAGACAACAAAAUCAUGCAAAGGUGAUGUUUGAUGCGUUUAAUGAUGAACAACGCCAACUUUAUAGUGCCUAUUUUUGGAAAUUCAACAACUAUCUGAAAGUAGUUUCGGGUUUUAAAUCACCAAAUCAAUUUCACGAUACCAAUUUGUUGAGUAAAUUUAAAGCUGCUUUAACAGAUAGCAUUCCCCAAGCAAUGUACAUACAUGAGCCCUGGCGUUACAAAAUGUACCGGUUUCUUUUUCGUGUCUGUCCUACACCGAUAGUGGAUCUGUUAACUGUAAGAUUCUGCGCUUUGCCGACCUAUGAAAAUGUUCAGAAACCUUUAAAGAAUAAAUAAUAAUGACGAAUUUAUUUUUAAUUUUUUUUAAUGGAUACCUGUGUACGUACAUACAAAAACAUUUCAGUUUUUUCAGUUAGAGAAGACUUCUCUUAUAAAUUUGAUUGUAAAUAUUUGGAAAUUAUUAUAAUUUAUUUCAACCUUAACAAAGUUUAGUUAAUAAUAUCCAAAAAUCAAUAAUUAGUAAUCUAUAAUCAUAUAAUUGCACACAUUUAGUAAAAAUAUAUAUUUCGUAACUAAUUUCAAGGUUUACGGAUUUCAGAU